AUGAAAACGUCACUGCUUAUUUUUGUAACUCUGUACUGUGUAUUGCUGGAAAUACAAGCUGAGGUGUAUCGAGCGAAACUCUCAAGAAAUGUUGCCUUUCGUCGAAAAUUUAUACGAAAUGAGAUACAAAAGAAUCUGAAGCGUUUAUAUAAGCCUGUCAAGCGAACUGGAACCAUUCCUGUUGACAGUAUUGAUGACCUGCUUUACACAAUCAACAUCACUCUUGGGACACCACCACAGAAAUUUACGGUUAUACCAGACACGGGAAGUUCUGAUUUGUGGGUCGUAACAGCAGAUUAUAACAGUGAAGGAGGUUAUCAGUACAAGAAAAACACAUUUGAUCCAAAGUAA